UGGGUAUCUAUGUUCCAUGAUCGCAAUGAUAAGUAAAAAAAUUAAAAAACGGAUCAAUGGAGUUUCAAAUUACUUGCAAUUGUAAAGUUUGUAUCAAGUUAAAUUCGACUUUAAACAUAUUGCUGUGGUCUUAACAGUUGGUGUACGCACGAAUGUUAAAAUUUAAUAAUUCAUUCACAGUUGUUCGACUGUUUGGAAAAUAAUAGUACAAGACGUUCAAUAACAACUUUAUAAUCUGUAAACUAGUAAACUACUUACACUAUUAAAUGGUUUGAAAUCGUUUUUUCUUUGUUCAAACGAAAGAUCGUAUUUGUAAAAUGAUGCCACUCAACGAUUUCAAGAAUCCUGAACUUGUUCCGAUCUCCAACGUUAUUGGUUUGGCAUCUCAACGACCCCUUAGUACAUUUCCUGAAAUGUGGUAUCAAACUUUCUUAUGGGCAUUAUUCUCAUCUGCUAUUGUCCAUACUGUAGCUGCGAUAAUUGCUUUCGCUACACUCCAUAAACAUAAUUUUGGAAAGUUUUUUCCAUUGUUCAUUCUAUUGGUUGGAAUAUUUGCUCCACUUAGUUCGGGCAUAGUUAGCAGUGCUACCAUAGCGUUUGUCUAUCGAGCAUCUAGUAUUCAAAUGCAACCAUUGUAUGCAAUGUUUUGGGGAGUUGGACAGACACUACUCUCAGCAGCUGUAGGUUUUACAAGAAUAUUAGCUACAUUGUAGAACAAUUGAAACAUAAUUUGUACAUACCUUAUAUAUUUGUAUAUAAUGUAAUAUAAAUUAUUGUAUA